CGCACGUGAUCAUUUAUGGAGAAGAACCUUCGACUGCGAAAUAUCACGUGCACAGUUGUCAGCUGAUCACGCUCUUACUUCCCGCAUGAGGAUAAACAGUUUAAAAAUGUCCAACGUGUCUGUUCGUAUCAUUUAGGUAAUUGGUCACCGAAGCGAAAUGAAUCCAGCGAGUAAAAUAGCCAAACCUCUUCAGCUCACUCUAGCCAUAUUGAAGCCCGACGUAUGUAGGCAUCCACACGAUAUACAAAUGAUCAGGCAGAUCAUUCUGGAUAACAAUUUCUAUUUUAUCCAAACUGAUACCACUAGACUAAGUCGAGAGAAGGCAGAAAGAUUCUACGACGAACACAAAAAUAAGUUCUUCUUUGAACGCUUGGUCUCAUUUAUGUCCAGUGGUAUGAUAUCAGUACACGUAUUAGCUCGUGAAAAUGCGAUUCAACAUUGGAGAAAAUUGAUGGGACCAACAAAAGUUUUCAAAGCACAGUAUGAAUCUCCUGAUUCUAUACGUGCCAGAUUUGGUUUGACAGAUACUAGAAAUGCUACACAUGGAUCAGAUUCUCCAGACUCUGCUAGGAGAGAAAUUGGAUUUUUCUUUCCAAAUUUCGAUGCAGUCAGCUGGUAUCAGAAACAAGAACCAUUAUAUCGCAACGGACAAGCCAUGCUGGAUAAGGAAAAGUGGAUCCACACCAUUAUCCCGACACCCAUGUUAGACAUGUCAUUUACCACGAAACGUCCCAUGGGGACAGUUUAGGCAUAAUUAACAGUAUACUUUGUACAUUUGAUACCAAAGUUUUAUAUUUUUCAAUAUACUUUAAACUAAAGAAAAGGACAAAAAAAAAAUGCUCAUCAACUUUUAUCUAAAAUUUUUUUGUAUAGAAGUUAUCCUUUAAAUCCCUGUAAAUAUAUUAUUUAUGUGCAUUUUUACAUUUGAGAAAAAACAUUUAGAUUUAGAUUUCAAACACUGUACUUAAAUUCCUGUGAUUUCACAGUACUUCAUCUCAUAUAUAGAACUGUGUACAGUUGUUUUUGACUAUUAUUAAUUGCAUUACACGUUUUUGUUUAUUGUAAUAAAAUUUAAUAAAUAUAAUUCAUGUCUGAUA